UAGGUUUUGAGAAUUUGAAGGCGGGCUAAUUCCUAGCCAAAACCCUAAUCCCAAGCUUCUUCAUAAUGACUAAAGAUUGAAUUUUGAUCUUAGAUUUCAAAACAUUGAGCUUCUACACGAACUGGGCAUCAAUCAAAAUCUCAAUUUUCUUCUUCAAUGGAGCCGAAUUUGGAGCAGACUCUUCAAGAAGCGAAGCUCCUUCGACAAGUAAAUUCGCUGAUCAUCGCUCAUCUUCGCGAUCAGAAUCUCAGUCAGGCUGCUGCUGCUGUUGCUACGGCAACGAUGACGCCGUUGGGCACCGAAGCGCCUCCCAAUAGGCUUCUUGAACUUGUUGCCAAGGGUCUUGCAGUGGAGAAAGAUGAGAUGAUCAAGGGGAUUUCGAUGGCUGCUUCAGUAGAUUGUGCUGCAGGUUUAUCUUCAAUUCCUCCUCCUGCAAAUGCCAUAGACUUCAGUGCCGUACAGGACACAAAGGGUUCAUCAAAGACCUUUCCGAAGCAUGAGACUAGACAUGUCUCUGAGCACAAGAACGCUGCCAGGUGUGCGAGAUUUAGUGCUGAUGGUCGUUUCAUUGCAACUGGGAGCUCAGACACAUCAAUUAAGCUCUUUGAGGUUUCAAAGAUUAAGCAAAUGAUGCUUGGAGAUGCAAGAGAAGGGCCUGUGCGGCCUGUUAUCCGUACUUUCUAUGAUCAUUUGCAGCCUAUCAAUGAUUUAGAUUUUCACCCUCAAAGUACUGUGUUGAUAUCUGGAGCCAAAGACAACACUAUAAAAUUUUUUGAUUUUUCAAAAACAGUUGCAAGGAGAGCUUUCAGAGUCAUCCAGGAUACUCAUAAUGUUAGGUCAGUAUCUUUUCAUCCUUCUGGAGAAUUUCUUUUGGCAGGUACGGAUCAUCCUGUUCCUCAUUUAUAUGAUGUCAACACAUUCCAAUGUUACUUGUCAGCAAAUUUUCAAGAAUUAAAAAUUAAUGCUGCUAUUAACCAGGUGAGAUAUUCUUCUUCUGGAAGCAUGUAUGUUACAGCCUCAAAGGACGGCUCUGUUCACAUUUGGGAUGGAGUCAGUGCUAAGUGUGUGAGAUCGUUCAGUGGGGCACAUGGACCUUCAGAGGCCACUAGUGCAAAUUUUACGAAGGAUCAGAGGUUCAUUCUUUCAUGCGGAAAGGAUUCCACCGCAAAGUUGUGGGAAGUUGGCACCGGAAGACUUGUCAAGCAAUAUCUGGGAGCAGUUCACACUCAGUCGCGUUGUCAGGCUGUUUUCAAUGAUACGGAGGAAUUCAUCCUCUCGGUGGAUGAACCAAACAAUGAGGUUGUCGUUUGGGAUGCUCUCACUGCUGAAAAAGUUGCUAGGUGGCCUUCAAAUCAUGUAGGGCCCCCGCGCUGGCUCGAACACUCUCCAACUGAACCAUGUUUCAUUUCAUGUGGGAAUGAUAGAUCUGUUCGAUUCUGGAAGGAGACCUUAUAGCGAGAGAUGUCUCUAUUCGUUUUGGUAUGCAAUAAUAUGCAAUAUUUAGAUGUCUCUAUUAAUUUUGGUAUGCAAUAACAUGCAAAAAUAUUGUUGAAAUUACGAGGAAAAUUAGAAUGCUAGUAUACCACUAGGAGAACGUUGUAAACAUUUGCGGACGGUUUAUUUCAACAGGAUAUGUUGUAUGAGAUUACAGAUAUUUGCUAUUUAUGGUAAUGUAUAGUCUUGUUUUCUGGUCA